CUUUUUUAUUAACGAGACCCGGCGCGCCUUAACCACAUUUCCUGAUCGUUCAUUCAUUCAUCCAGUUAUACUAACGAAAUAUUUGGCAAAAUGGCGGUUUGAAUUCUGAAUUUUUGCAACCCUUGCUCUGCAAUUCGCAACGAAUUGCAUCAUACAACAUGGCGCUCCAAAAUGGCUUCUUCGCAUCUGAUGCACAGCUCACUGGGAUACAUUCCACUGAGAUACAACAGCAAACGACCACACCAAGUUCUGUAUCAUCGUAUCACAUAAACCAUCAAGAUGGAAUUCAUCGAAGAUUCAGAGAUUCUGUCGCUCUUCAGCGACAACGCCUCUUUGUGGGGGCGGCUACCGGAUGAGGAAGAACUUCAUCUGGGAUCUGGUCUGGACUCGCAUCUGAAGACCGAGCCAUCAGGCUUGGGCUCUACUGGUCCUACUUCACCACAAUCAGAUGUAUCAGAUGACCCUCUUCCAGACUGGAUGUCUCAGAAAGUUUCUUUGUCAGCAUGGCUUGGGGAUGAGGAGGACAUCCCUAUGGCAGACCUCAUGACAAUCCCAUCCUCCCCAGCUCCAAAGUCAACUCCACUUCCUGCUGAAGAACUACUCAAGGAACUCCUUGUCGAUAUUGGUGUCCCUCCAACAUCUCCAUCCCCUGGUGAAGACCAAUCGGCUGAGGCAUUGCUGGCAUUGUCUCCAGUGAGUUCCUUCAGUGAUCCUGCUUCUCCAGUUCAUCAAGACACAAUGUCCUUGCUGGCCUCUGGGUCAGCAUCACCUUUGGACUUGGGGGUUGAUUCUACACCAGUUGGAGACCUAGAGAAACAGGCCCCGGCUGAUUCUCCAGAAGUUCAUGAAGAGACAAUGUCUCAGCCACCCUCAGAGCCAACAUCCCCUAUGGUGUCUGGUGUUGAUGCUGCACCAAUGAGUAACUUGGAAGAACAGGCUCUUGCUCUCCUUGAUGCCAUGGGAUGUAUGGAGUUCUCAACUACUCAAGAUCCCUCGGGCACACGUGUUAUAACAAUUACUCUACCAGUCCCUGAUGACCAAAUGACCAUCCAGCAAUCACAUGUAAAUCCUCCUGAGUCUCCCAGUUCCAUUGAUUCAUCUAUGCCAACAUCCCCUGAAGAAUCUCCUGUCCCUUCUCCAAUCCCAUCUCCAGCAAAAAGAACAAGGUCAAAGCCCAAACUUAAGAACGCUUCUCCCAUUGAGAAAAAGUCCAGAAAGCGCGACCAAAACAAACAGGCAGCGACGAGGUAUCGAGUCAAGAAGAAGACUGAAACCAGUGCUAUUAUGAGUGAACUCAGUGUACUGGAAGAUGCAAACAGCAAAUUGAAAGACAAAGCUGAAGGCCUAGAAAAGGAGAUAAAAUACCUCAAAGAUCUCUUGAUUGAAGUGCGAUUGCUCAAAGGAACGAUUAGUAACAUCAAAGCAGAUUGAACUCUUCACUGUGAUUUGUAUGUUAAAUUAACUUUUUUUUGUGUUGUAAGAUGUAAAUAUAAAUAGAAUUUUAUUUUCUUUUACAUCCAAUUGAAAAAGAAAAAAAAUGGAAAUAAUGAAUACAAUCUCUAAGGGGGGGGGCUUCCAAAUUGAUAUCAUUCAUGUUCUCAAGUGGGGUAGGGGAAGGGUGUGGUGACUAGCUUUGCGACUUGUAGGGGCUUGCACCUUGGCCCAACGAGCGCACUGUGCGGACAGUAUCAUUCCUCUUUGAUCUUUCCCUGUCAGCGAGCCGUCGGCGAUUCUGCCAUCAGCAACCAAUCUUUAUCUUUGACAAAGACCACUGUAAUUUUUGGUAUGUCUGAGUCCAAUUAUCUCUGAUUCUUAUUCUUCAAGAAGUCUCCUUUGGCAAGUCCAGCUAACACUAGAAAAAAAAUUUAUAAAAAUUAAAAUAUUAUUUUUCUUAGGUGAAAUGGUGAAUUUACUGUUUCACAGAAUAUUUUUUUUGUACAUGUGUUGUACAUAUGCACAUAAUUAUGUGAGUAGUGACAGCGUGAUAUUCAAAUGUCAAUUUCAAAAUUGGAUUAAAAUUUGUUAAAUGUA